AUGGCGAUCGGCGCGGGGGGGUUGUGGCAUCCCGCGGAGGUGCGGCGAGACGAGCUGAAGGCGGGCGACCACAUCUUCUCGUGGCGCAUCGGCAUGUCCUACUCUCACCAUGGGGUGUACGUGGGAGCAGACGAGGUGAUUCACUUCACGCAGCAGCAGGCAGACGAGAUCGGCUCCAACGCCCUCCUAGACUACGCUGCUUCCGUCUCCCCCGCCCUUCAGCGCACCACCACAACCAGCGGUGAAGGUUCGGGGCCGUGCCGAGCCUGUGGCACGGAGGGCAGCAGCCACGGCGUGAUCUCGUCGUGCCUGCGGUGCUUCCUGCACGGCGGCGUGCUAUUCAGAUUCGACUACGGCGUGUCGGUGGGGAGCUUUUGCUUGCAGAUGCGAGGCGGCACGUGCAGCAUGGCUGUGCCUGAUGCCCCGCAUGCUGUGGUGCAGAGGGCUCGUUUGCUCCUAAAAGAGGGCUUUGGGCGCUACCACGUGCUGGACAACAAUUGGUCGUACAGCUUGAGCCGAGUGGCGCUGGACGUGGGGGUGAGGAGGGACGUGGUGAGGGUGGAGGGGGAGGAGUUGGUGGCAAGUCUCAAGGGUAGGGAAAGGGUGUGCGGGGAUGGGACUGGAGGAAGGAGGGCGAAGGACGGGAUGGAGUUGGUGGUUGCGAGGAUGAGAGGGGGUGUACAUAUGCAAGUGGAGGUCCAGUCGCAAUCUGACAGUUCUGCGAAGGACGGAGCUGCCUGGAAACACGAAGUCGCGAGAUUGGCUAAGGAAUCCGCGAAACUCGUCGUCGCUACGUCUGCGAGCGUCGCCGUUGCUUUGUCAGCAGGCCUAGGGAUUGCCGAGGCGCGACCGGAGGGGGUGAACAAGCCGGAGCUGCUGCCCAAGGAGUUCACCACCGUCAUUGACGUCGCCGACUUCCUCUCCGCCGGCCAGGAGGCACGUUUGGCAAAGGACGUGGAGAGAUUGGAGCAGGACACGGGGUAUAAACUGAGGAUACUGGCGCAAAACUACCCUAACACUCCGGGGUUGGCCAUUCGGGAUUACUGGGGGGUGGACGACGAAACUGUGGUGUUCGUGGCUGACCCCAACAUGGGCAACCUCCUGAACUUCAAUGUCGGCGCAACCGUGGACCUGUCGGUUCCCAGAAGCUUCUGGAGCCGGCUAGCUGGCAAGUACGGGAACGUGUUCUACUGGCGAGAGAAGGGAGAGGAUGCGGCGAUCGAGGCUGCUGUCAUCGCCAUUGACAACUGCCUCCGAGAGGACCCUGGGCCAAGGCAGUGCGCUGAGAUCAAGUAG